AUGAUCGCGACAGGCGGGCUCCUGAGGAUCUCCCGGCGGCAAGAUUCGCUGCGCACCAAGAACCGAGCAGAGAACAAGCGGAGAAGGAAAGUCAGGAAGAAGAUGAAGAACAAUGUGGUUGUGGUGAAGGGCAAGCUGAAGCUGUUCUCUGUAUCGGGCCUGGUUGCUGCGCUUGGAGUGCUCAUCUUAUUGGUGGGAAUAUCAAUGGCUGUCCUGGGAUACUGGCCCAAAGAGACCUCGGCUUACCCAAAAGUCUUUCCAAGAGUGAAGCAGCCCAUUAAACAGCCAACUGAUUCCAAAAAAACCCUUCGGCCGGCAUCAAACUUCACGAGCAAUACCAAGUUCUGGAUGAAGCUGCACUGGAAUGGCAGCGAUGGUAUGAUUAAUGCUACCAAGCCUAAUGUCCGGCCUGUUGGAGUUUUUGAAGGCCUGUUCUCCACUUAUCUGUACUCCGACAACCUCAAAGUGUUUGGACCACUGGUCAUGGGUAUUGGUAUCUUCCUUUUUAUUUGCGCCAAUGCCGUGCUCCAUGAGAACCGUGACAAGAAGACCAAAAUCAUUGACCUGAGAGACAUUUACUCUACUGUUAUAGACAUCCAUAGCUUGCGCUCCAAAGGCCAUGCCCCUCUUAAUGGACUGUUAGGCUGCACACAGUCCAAGGAAGGAGAUCUUACAUCAGCCACAUAUAAGACAGCCAUGCCUUCAAGAGGCUCCUGGCCUUCUACUGUCUCAUGUAAAGAAAAGGAUUACAGGAGAUCGUCAUUCUCCAGAAAGUUUAGCUGGUCUAGAGAAAGACAGUCACUUACUGAGACAAUCUACACCAUUUACAGAGAUCAGAACAGACUUAAAGACCCAACACCUGCUCCCAAGGAGUGGGAAACCUGCUCUAUAGUCACCUCAUCAGUUAAUGCUUUCACAUUACCUGUAAUUAAACUCAACAACCAUGAAAUGGAGGCAAAAGAAGUGCAAGAGGGAGAGCAUACUACACCAUGCAAUCUGAUAGAGAACCUGCAGCCAGAGUGCCAUGGCUCCGGAUGUUCUGAAGAACUUCUCAGCACUGCCAUACAAACCCAAGCUGAGGUAUUGAGGGCAGGUUUGUCGGUAUCUCGGGAUUCCAAGCUUUCAGGUGAUGUAUCCAGUGUAUGCCAGCAACAGCUGCAGCUGCCCAGUUCUGGGUUCAGGAUCCUGGGCUCCCACCUGUCUCUGAAUGCCCUUUCUGACCUGGGCACUGGACGACAUGAAGAAAGGUCACGCAGAUUCAGCUGCCCGAGGCUGGACCGCUUGGGUAGUAAGGGCUAUAUAAAACUGGCAGCACUAGGAGGAGACUCAUUUGAAGCCCCAGAUGGUGCUCCAGAAACAGGUGUAGAGGGACCAGAGCAGACAGGAACACAGAGUUAUGUUAUGAAUGCACAUAUAUUCCCCAAUAACUCCUUCACACAGCUGCACACAGAACCUACCAUGUCGAACUCUCAUACAACAGAUGUAGAUGUGGACCCAAAGGCAAAUCUCCAACAGGGAGAGCAGGUCUGAGCAAGCCGAUAUGCUCAGGCAUAUAAGUACGAUGUAGUCAUUAACUGCUUAGGGUUCUUUUGUGGACAAUUUACUUAGGUUGUAGCAUAACUAAGAUAAUAUUUUGUGCUGAAACCAACACUCAUAAAAGUACAUAUAAGUAUUUAAAAAGACUGGUGGUACAAUCCAGCUUUUGAGGAGACCAUCACUCACUUUCGUGCAGUAUUUAGAUGAUAAGUCCAAGAGUAGAAUUGAGUUUUUCUUGUGCCUUCCACAAAUCUGUUAGGCUUAUAUGC